CUUGAAUCAUCUACACUAGUUAUACAGAACCAAGGUGUAUUAGAGAAGAGAAACAUGACUACAAUUCGUAUUUCUACCCCCACUAGUCAACAACUGUUGUUGUCUUUCCCCCCCACCUUCCACGAUUCCUAUACAGAGACAACCCAUGUCUGAAUCUGAAGUACAGACGCAAUGAUAUCCACAUAUACCCAGGAUCAGCUGGAGUCUUACCUUGAACGCAUUGGAUAUGCCGAUUCCCCUUCGGAAACGGGACUCACCCGAUUACAGCGACUGCGACCAUUCAUCGAAAAGGAUGCGCUGGCUGCCCUCGCAGAGCUUCAACGUCGACACCUAGGCGCAAUUCCCUGGGGCAAUUCCGCUCUCCAUUACUCCCAGCAUCAUAGCGUCUCUAUUCACCCGUCUGCCGUUUUCGAGAAACUGGUGGUUCGUCGGCUGGAUGGCUACUGUAUGGAAAACACCAACCUGCUGUACGUUGUUCUGCGAUCUCUGGGAUAUCAGGUCUACCCCUCUGCAGCGAGGGUGUCGGGAGCUGCGGCGGACCCUACGGCGGGACCCAAUGCGCCGUAUUUUGCGCUAGGUCAUAUGGUGCUUAUUGUCACUAUCGAUGACCGGAAAUACAUGGUGGAUGUUGGAUUCGGAAACAAUGUGCCCACUAGUCCACUGCCGCUGGAGGAGAACUCAAUCGCGAUGAAUAUUGCCCCAGCCGAGAUGCGCCUGAUCCAGGAUUCUAUCCCCGAGGCAGUCGACCAAGGCCAGAAGGUUUGGAUUUACCAAAUCCGAUACAACCCGGAAAGUAACUGGAUCCCGAUCUAUGCGUUUUCCGGAAUCGAGUUCUUACCCCAAGAUUUUGCCGUGAUGAAUUUCGCGACCAGUCACCAGUCUACCAGCUGGUUUACCCAGGUCUUCGUCUGUGUGAAGCUGAUUCUAGAUGAGUCCGGAGAGAGGCUCCAGGGGCUCUAUAUUAUGGCGGAGAAGGAAGUGAAGAGGAGGAUACACGGGAAGACAGAAGUGGUGGAAACGCUAGAGAACGAAGAGGAUAGGGUGAAUGCUCUUGCGAAGUGGUUUGGCAUGCACCUCUCCGAGUACGAGAUCGCGGGAAUUCAGGGCUUGGCUUCUGAGUUAAAGUAGAAUUUUAACACUAAUCUACCUUGAUAUGGUACAAACAAGGUUUCUCGAAAACCGUUG